UGGACAGCAGCUUCGCCUAUGGCGGCAACCGCCCCCCUUUCCAGCCAAUACGCAUCUGCAUCUCCGCGAACUCGGCAUCCCUCCAACGGUUCUUGCGGCUGCCCUUGACUCGCGCCACUUCAUUUUGCCAUUUGCUGGCUCGAGGAAUCCGGGCUGGCAUCUGCGAUUUGUUUGGGCCCCUUGCCAAGGGCGGCUGGCAGUGCGUCCUUGUCUGCUUUGGCUCGCAGCUUCAGUUAAACUAUAAGUUCGCGCCGCACCAUCGUUUCCCCCUCCCCCGCCGUAGCUGGUUGCUGGAGCUGCGACGAUCGUCGACAACCCCUCGACCCCAGCUGCGUGCGCCCGCCUCGAUUCCCCCGACGCAAGAUGUCCUUCUUAUUUGGCCGGACACGCGCAAGAACAAAUACUACAGAUCUUGCCAGGCAGGCGAGAGAGCAUGUCACAAAACUGGAGGGGCCGCAAGGGGCCGCCAAGGCCGAGGAGUUGGCAAAGGUGCUUUCGCAAAUGAAGCAGGUCCUACAAGGCACACAUGAGACCGAGCCCAACCCGGAUCAGAUCUACCAAUUGGUGACGGGCAUGAUCGAGGAGGACCUGUUCUACCUCCUCGCCGUGAAUCUCCACCGACUGCCGUUCGAGUCGCGCAAGGACACCCAGGUCAUCUUCUCGUACGCCUUCCGCUUCCGCCCGCCAACCGGCCCGCAGAAGCCCGAGCCGCUCGCGCUGGCCUACGUCGUCGAACGCCGACCGCAGGUGCUGGUGGAGCUGUGCCGGGGCUACGACCACAAGGAGAGCGCGACGCCGGCCGGCACCGUGCUGAGGGAGGUGCUGAAGAACGAGGCGGCCGCGGCCAUCAUACUGUACGACGACGGCGACGAGCAGGGGUCGAGCGCGCGCGGCGUCGGCGCGAUCAACCCGGACCGGCCACAGAGCGGGAGAGGCGUGUUCUGGAACUUCUUCGACUGGAUCGACAAGAGCUCGUUUGAGGUCAGCGCGGAUGCGUUUACGACGUUCCGGGAGCUGAUCACCAAGCACAAAGAGCUGGUCCCGCGCUACCUGGCGGUCAACUUCGACCUCUUCUUCGAGCGGUACAACAGCGUGCUGGUGCAGUCCAACAGCUACGUGACCAAGCGGCAGUCGAUCAAGCUGCUGGGCGAGAUCCUGCUGGACCGGUCCAACUACAACAUCAUGACGGCCUACGUGGACCGGGGCGAGCACCUCAAGAUCUGCAUGAACCUGCUGCGCGACGACCGCAAGAUGGUGCAGUACGAGGGCUUCCACGUCUUCAAGGUGUUCGUCGCCAACCCGCACAAGUCGGUGCCCGUGCAGAAGAUCCUGAUUAUGAACCGGGACAAGCUGCUGCACUUCCUGUCCCACUUCCUCGAGGACCGCACCGAGGACGAGCAGUUCAUCGACGAGCGCGAGUUCCUCAUCAAGCAGAUCCGGAACAUGCCGCCUGCGCCGGUGCCGCCGCCCCAGCGGUGAGGAUCCCCUGCCCCGGCCCCGGGCCGUGAAGCGGGGGGGAUCUGGUGUGUGUUGUUGUCGUUGUUGUCGAUGGAGCAGUGAUUGCGAGACCAAGGCGUUGGGGCGUAAUAGCGAGCGGUUGUAGAGAGGGUAGCUGGGGUCUGCGGGAUACUUAAUUCUGUUCAUUCAUGAGGCAUAAGCAUUGCAUGGGAAUAAGCAAGGGACCGAUCCGCCGGCCUGUUUACUGAUCAGGAGUCACACAGAGAAGUUGGGGGGGCCCAGGAAGAGGAAUAGCACGCCAUCGUAAAAGUGUCAAAAGCUGCUUACUUUCCUUCCGCCGUGAGAAGUUGCUAUCGUGAUGUUGCAACGGUGCGCGCAAGGCAACGCAAAACGAGCCCAGCACCUGUUCGCCAACCAAGACACUUGACCCCGGGCACCAGUCGAUCCACGAUCCACCACUAGGCGGGAUGGAGAAGGUGGUGUUAGAUAGUCAGGUGCGGAAGGAAACACCACCUCCCCCUUCAUGUUCGCUCUCCCUUGCUCAUCACCCAUGCCCUCCAGACUCUGGUCCUUGAACGAUGUCGCGAAUCCCGCCCAAACUCGAAUUAGCUGUGCUCAGCAUAAUCUCAGUAGGUCAGCGCUCGUAAAAACGGGACGGACCAGAUGACAGGACUAUGCGAACUCCGUUUGAGGUGAAAGAACAAUCCCUCCCCCUCCCUUGCCUCAGAAACAUCUUCCCCAAUUCUAAAGCGGACGACUAGAGCGGAUCUCAACGCAAGCCGA